UUUCAGAGAUCUUCAGUGCGGUUUGUCCGGACUCUUGUUUAGGAUAUGGGGCAAGUGGUAAGCAGGAAGCGGUCACAUCCUCUAUCACAAUGCUGCCUUACCAGCACACUCAUUAGGCCCGGUCGACUUCCUCUGCAGGAACCUGCCUACCCCACACCAUAACCACCACCAAAACAUGAGCUCUUACAACAACUCAGGAAGUCCAGGAGCCAGUAAAACAACUCUUAACACAGAUUUGGAGCAGUUCAGCUCUGGUGAGGACAAUAUAACCAAGCUUGGUGUAGGGCAGUGCAGCAGAACUGAUGCAUGCUAACCAGAUCAGUCUUAAACAGUGCCAGGUGUACCUUCCACAGGAGACAGAUACAUCUAGGUGGAUAAUUACUUCAUCUGAACACCCCUACGAGUACAUUCCAGCGUAAGCAAAAGGAUUUAUGUGAAGAAACAUUAUUUAUGAGGACAACAAUUCCUGUGACAACAUGAUGUGAAUUUUGCAAGACAAAAGGCUUGUGCAAGACAAUUCUGAAACAAUGUACAACUGAGGACCAAUCCGGAUGCCAUCAAGGACCAUCCUAGCAGAAAAACAUUUACACAAGGACUUUUAAUUCUACCUAUUCUGGAAAUUGUGUUAGUUAUGAGUGCAAUAUAUUUAUUUCAAAACUUUUUUACAUUCAUGAAGAGCAAUUAAGCUGAAGUCCAAACUUCUGCUCAAUACAUUCCUGAAGAACUGUUCACAGGGAAAAAUCAUGGCAGAUGUGUUCAUGGCCCUAAAACUAAAGGUUGUGUUUUUUAUUGUUUUGUUGUCUAAAUUUUCUGCAGGUUGUCCACCUGAAUGCAAAUGUGGACAUCAGAAGGUGGACUGUUCUAACAGACAACUGGACACUGUGCCGAAGUUUGGUCCAGAGCUGCAACGAUCGGUUUAUGUGGAUUUGCGGACAAAUUCUCUUGAAGAAUUGAAAAGGGGCAGUUUCCAACACCUGCAUAAAACACAAACCUUAAUCCUACAAUUCAACAUGAUCAAAAAUAUUGAUGAAGGAACAUUUGCCAAUAUGUCGGCCUUAAAGACUCUUGACCUCAGCGGAAACCAGUUUAAAUCCUUACCACAGGGCAUUUUUAAGCCCCUGACAAAGCUGCACUCGUUGGAUUUGAGUCAGAACUACCUGACAAACGUUGAUGGUGUCUUGUCUUCGCUAACUAGCCUGUAUCGGCUUGACCUAGGUCACAAUAACCUGGCUGCUCUGACUGACACGACCUUCCCUGACCUUCAAGGUCUCAUGUACCUGAUGCUUGGCAACAACAGGUUAUCUGACAUCAGCACAAAUGCCUUCAGCCCCCUUACUAAGCUGUCCUACCUGGUUCUAAAAAACAAUCCCUUGUAUAUAGUGGAUAACAAGUUUGUGAAUAAUCGGCGCAUGUCAUAUGUUGACUUGACAAACUGUAAACUUCAGACGAUUCCAAAAGGUUUACCAUGGGUGCUGCGCUACCUACAGUUGACUCAGAACAAUAUCAUCUAUAUAAACAAAGCCUCCUUGAAGGCAUACAACUAUGUGGCGGUUGUUGUCUUGGACCAGAACAAAAUCCAGUCGGUUGAGCCAGGGGCCUUCUCCCACAUGGUUUACCUCAGACAACUAUGGAUGAAUGGCAAUAAACUGACAAGCAUUCCAGAACAACUUCCUCUUGGACUUCAUUUCCUCUACCUGGAUGCUAACAAUAUCCAGAGUCUUCAUGAGGACAUAUUCACUGAUCGCUCCAAGCUUCUCACCUUCUCGGUCAAGGGGAAUCAACUACACCACAUCUCUGCCAAACACUUCAACAAAAUGUCCGAUGUAACAAAGCUCUACCUCGACAACAACAACCUGACAGAAAUUGAAGACUUCACUUUCAAAUCUCUAGGGAAACUUCAAAAACUGUUCAUUUCUCGCAAUCCACUGAAGAAACUGUCGCGGUACAGCCUUUUUGGAUUACGGCAGCUUAAGUUUCUUGAGCUUGCCUUUGUAACGACAGAUGUAGACAUUGAUGACAUGAUUUUCAGUAAAACACCCAACCUCUCCACCCUUGAGCUUCAGUACAGCAGUGACUUGGCACAAAAAAUCUGCAAUUCACAGAUCAUUCUCAAAACUCUGACCAAUCUGACAGACCUGAAUCUGAUGAGUGCAGAGUUAUCCACCCUUAGCCCACUGCUGCAAGAAGAACUUCCAAAUCUGGAACAGCUACAGUUAGCAGACAACAAAUGGCACUGCGACAAGGCGCUUCUCUGGCUGAACCACUGGAUGAGGCUUGCCAAAACGCUGUUUGUGAACAAAAUGGAUGUUAAAUGUUUCAGUCCUCUAGAGCUCCGAGGGAAGGUGAUCAGUUCCCUGUUUGACUCUCAGUUUGUGCCGGUUACUACAACGACCAUGACCACUGUCCUAUCCAGUACGAGAUCAGACCAACAGGUAUCCUCCACACCGCUGCAACCACUGACCACUGUGUCCAGUACCUCACCUCCUGUACAGACCACAACUCAGCAUCAGCCUCAAAUCACAACUCAAGUAAGGACUCCUGCUGCAACAACAACUGUCACAUCCAAGGAACCUAAGAUAACAAGUGCCUUCACUACAGGCUACAGAAGACAUGACAUCACUACGAAAACUCAGAAAGUUGCUGUUGCCACGACCAUCACAACCACAACAACAGAAAAAACAACAACAAUGAGUCAUCUGCAGCGAACAACGAGUGUGUUCACAAGAACUGGAAGAUUUACAAAGACCAUGCCCACCAAAUACAGAAGUGUUAAAAAGUCUCCAUUAUUCACAUCAACUCAACACUACACAAUAACUACUGAAAAAGGAAGUGCAAAGCCCAAUGAAGUACCCAGGAUAACUACCCCAAAGCCAUCAAGUUUAACGAUAACUCACCAAGUGAAAACAACAUCUGCAGGAGAUACUGAGCUAACCACAGUUUUCUCCCUUCCAGAGAACUCUUCAUCUUCAAUUCUUGCAGAUUCAGAAAAUUUACAAGAGGAGGAAGAGGAGGAUUCUGGGACAAUUACAGCCAUAGCAACAAGCAUUUCUGUCAUUCUCCUCCUGAUUAUUCUCAUUAUUAUCGGAUAUUUAGUAUUCCGAUACCGUCGAAAUCGCCUCAUAUACCACCGUGCAAUUCACUACCAACAACACAGUGAUAUGAUGUACUUUAUUACCGUGUCAGAAUCCGAGACUAAGCCUAUCAAAGGUACGAGUCGCUCAGAGCGGGGUUCUGUAUCCUCUGUCACCAGCCAUGACAUCACUAAUGAGGAAGGAGGAAUCAAGGUGUAUCACUGGGAUGGGGAACAAUAAGGACACAGGUGUUGACAAUCACAGGUGUUGCCGUUGACGAGCGAUACUGUUUUGAUAUACAUGCUACAAUAUAUACGCUAUGACAAUGAAAACCUAACAUUUUGUCUCUUAAAUAACCAGGUUUGAAUUCUAUUCACACCCACGCAUGUAAUGAAAGUGUGCAGGAUAUCUCUUGGAUAUAAAUAUUUAUGACUUCUAGAAUAGCGUAUGUCAUUGCACCAAUUCACAUAUAUAAUAACACAUUACUGCAGUAAUGUUGGGAGAGGCAGAAAUGGCUAUGCACUAUUUUCUAAGCCCAGAGUUUAGCCUGAAACAAUGAACCAACAGGAGAUCAGCCUAUAGAUUCUGUAUGGUAGCCAAGACAACUGGCUUUGAUUCAUGACAAAAGAUCAGCGAGGGCAAAAUGUCAUAUGGUUUUGGUUUCCUCAGGCUUGUGUCAAAGCUGUACAAUAUUGUAUUACAUUUCUUUGGGUUAAAGUUUCCUACAGCAAGAUUUAUUUUGUUUUUCUUACUUCCUGUUAUUGUUUCGCCAACCGACAAAAGGGGUACGGAUUACAUGUAGGUCCUAAGUAGUCAUUUAAGAGGCGUGUAUCAGAUUGUUUUUUUUUUUUGAAAUGUCAGAAAUAGUUGUCAAAAAACUACUGGUAAAGCUAAUUGGAUUUAUUUAUAAGAAGAUAUGAAAGUGAAUUUUAAGAGACAUAUUGUGUACGCUAAUAACAGUAGCAUAUUAUUUUGCAAAUUGGAAACCAUGAAUAUUUUGUUUUCAAUAUCCAUUAAAUAUGAAUAAAUUGGUUUCUUUAGUCUUGGUCUGCAAAAAGACAAUUCUGAUAUGGGCAAUCUUUUAUUGACUACCCGGCUGUUUCCAGAUAUAUAAAGAACUUGUGUGUGUAUGUAUACAGAGAUGUGUGUAAAUACUGUAGUCUGUAUAUUUCAAGCUGAAUGCUUAAAAUUUAAGGCCUGACAUUAAGCAAAGAGUUACUGAAAUUGUAACUUUUGUAGGUUUUCUUCCUUCAUCACUUCGUACUGAUAGAAACGUUUAUCAUAUGUAUAUAAUAUUGUCAACAUUUAUGAUAAUACAGGGCACAAUAUCUUGUUACAAGACAAUCCCACAAUUGCCUUUAUUAUACAUGGGGCCAAAUACGUGGCUACAAUCUAUGUACUGUAGAAAGAUGCCCCCAUGUGUAAUUUGUAAUUUGAACCGACUUGUUUCACACAGAAAUAAAAUUUAGUGUUUUA